GCCGGGCCGGUUUCCGCGGAGGACGCCGGGUCCUUUGCUCUCGGCUCCCCGGUGCGGGUUUGAAUCUGGGAGGCACUGCUCUUUCGGUUCGCUGUCCCGGUUCGUGGGGCUACAUAUCCGGACCCUGAGACAUGUCGGGGUUCAGCCCGGAGCUCAUCGACUAUCUGGAAGGGAAGAUCUCCUUUGAGGAGUUCGAGAGGCGGAGAGAAGAGAGAAAAACCCGCGAGAAAAAAAGUCUUCAGGAAAAAGGAAAGCUAGCAGCUGAGGAAAAUCCAAAUGACUCUGAAGUUCCAUCAUCAUCAGGAAUUGACUCUACCAAAUCCCAGGACAAUGAUGCCAGUGAAGGAGAAACAUCAGAUGGAGUUAGUAAGUCAGUUCACAAAGUCUUUGCUUCCAUGCUUGGAGAGAAUGAAGAUGAGGAGGAGGAAGAGGAAGAAGAAGAGGAGGAUGAGGAAGAAACUCCCGGGCAGCCCACCGCAGGAGACGUGUUUGUGUUGGAGAUGGUUCUUAAUCGUGAAACCAAGAAAAUGAUGAAAGAGAAAAGGCCUCGGAGUAAACUUCCCAGAGCUCUGAGAGGUCUCAUGGGUGAAGCCAAUAUUCGCUUUGCUCGUGGAGAACAUGAAGAGGCGAUACUGAUGUGCAUGGAAAUCAUAAGACAAGCUCCUCUGGCUUAUGAGCCAUUCUCUACUCUUGCCAUGAUAUAUGAGGACCAAGGUGACAUGGAGAAGUCUCUGCAGUUUGAGUUGAUUGCUGCACAUUUAAAUCCCAGUGACACUGAAGAAUGGGUUAGAUUGGCAGAAAUGUCUCUGGAACAAGACAAUAUUAAGCAGGCUAUUUUUUGCUAUACAAAAGGUAAUGUCAUCAGGAGUUACUAUGAAGCCAAUGAUGUUACAUCAGCUAUUAACAUAAUUGAAGAAGCUUUCUCAAAACACCAGGGCCUAGUCUCCAUGGAAGAUGUUAACAUAGCAGCUGAACUAUACAUUUCUAACAAACAAUAUGACAAAGCUUUGGAGGCAAUUACAGAUUUUUCUGGAAUCGUGCUAGAAAAAAGAACUACAGAAGAAGGCACUUUGGAAGACAAUAAAGUUGGGGAGAAUGUUACCUGCACUAUACCUGAUGGAGUGCCGAUUGACAUCACAGUGAAGCUGAUGGUCUGCCUUGUACAUCUCAACAUCCUCGAACCACUUAAUCCUCUCUUGACAACGCUAGUGGAACAGAAUCCUGAAGAUAUGGGAGACCUCUAUUUAGAUGUUGCUGAAGCUUUUCUGGAUGUUGGUGAAUAUCAUUCUGCACUUCCUCUCCUUAGCGCACUAGUCUGCUCUGAAAGAUACAACCUCGCAGUAGUUUGGCUUCGACAUGCAGACUGUUUAAAGGCCUUAGGCUACAUGGAGCGUGCUGCUGAAAGCUAUGGGAAAGUGGUUGAUCUGGCCCCGCUCCAUCUGGAUGCAAGAAUUUCACUUUCCACCCUUCAGCAGCAGCUGGGCCGACCUGAGAAAGCUCUGGAAGCUCUGGAACCCAUGUAUGAUCCAGACACCUUAGCACAGGAUGCAAAUGCGGCACAGCAGGAGCUAAAGUUACUGCUUCAUCGUUCUACUCUACUGUUUUCACAAGGCAAAACGUAUGGUUAUGUGGAUGCCCUACUUACCAUGUUAGCCAUGCUUUUAAAGGUAGCAAUGAAUAGAGCCCAGGUCUGUUUGAUAUCCAGUUCCAAAUCUGGAGAGAGGCAUCUCUACCUUAUUAAAGUGUCAAGAGACAAAAUAUCAGACAACAAUGACCAAGAGACAGCAAAUUGUGAUGCAAAAGCAAUAUUUGCUGUACUCACGAGUGUCUUGACGAAAGAUGACUGGUGGAACCUUCUGCUGAAGGCCGUAUACUCUUUAUGUGACCUCUCCCGAUUUGAGGAGGCUGAGUUACUUGUAGAUUCUUCAUUGGAAUAUUAUUCAUUUUAUGAUGACAGACAAAAACGCAAAGAACUAGAAUAUUUUGGUCUGUCUGCUGCAAUUCUGGACAAAAAUUUCAGAAAGGCAUACAACUAUAUCAGGAUAAUGGUAAUGGAAAAUGUCAAUAAACCCCAGCUCUGGAACAUUUUCAAUCAAGUUACCAUGCACUCUCAAGAUGUACGACAUCAUCGCUUCUGUCUCCGUUUAAUGCUGAAAAAUCCAGAGAAUCAUGCCCUGUGUGUGUUAAACGGACACAAUGCAUUCGUAUCUGGAAGUUUUAAGCAUGCCCUUGGCCAGUAUGUACAAGCCUUUCGCUCCCAUCCCGAUGAACCUCUCUAUAGCCUCUGUAUAGGCCUGACCUUUAUUCACAUGGCAUCUCAGAAGUAUGUAUUAAAGAGACAUGCUCUUAUUGUUCAGGGCUUUUCCUUUCUUAAUCGAUACCUCACUCUACGUGGGCCUUGCCAGGAAUCGUUCUACAAUUUGGGCCGUGGCCUUCACCAGCUGGGGCUGACUCAUCUCGCAAUCCAUUAUUAUCAGAAGGCUUUGGAGCUCCCUCCACUUGUGGUAGAGGGAAUAGAAGUUGAUCAGAUAGACUUACGAAGAGAUAUUGCCUACAACUUAUCUCUCAUCUAUCAGAGCAGCGGGAAUAUUGCAAUGGUGCAAAAGCUUUUGUAUACAUAUUGUUCUAUAUAAGACACCUCAGCCAAGAAAGGAGCGCGGGGUAGCUGUUGUGUGUGGACCAGUAUUUUCUGUCUCAGGGCUUAUUAACCCCAAAAUAGAAAUGAUAAUUUCAGAAUUAUCUAACUGUGUAGUUCAUAUUUGAUAUGUGAUAAUGAUCUUGUGGUAGAUUUGCAAAAAUUAUCAUUCCUGUAAGAAUUUGUAUAUUGUUCUGUCAUUUCCCUUUAGCAUUUUUUAGUAAAAUGGUCCCCAAAGCUGAAGUGGACAAUAAUAACCUUUGAGUUAGCUUGGAGUCAAAUCCAUUAAAUUUUCACUCAUAUCAUUUAUUCACCUGUGCAUUUAAUACUAUAUAUGAAACACCUGCUAUGUACCAGGCACUGUGAUAGGUGCUAGGAACACAGUAGUAUGAUAGAUGUGACCUCUCACUACAAUUCCUUAAAUACAGAACUCGAGCAUAUACUUAUUUGUAAGAAAUAUUUGCUGCAUAAGAAAUAUUUGCUGCAUUUCUACAUCCAUCAUUGUUGUCGGUCAUUCAUUUCUUGGUUCCCUGUUACUAUUGCAUGGACAGUUUUUCAAAUACAUAGAAAAAGAGAUUGCUUAUUAAAGCAAAGACAAACUGGGACUCUUUCCAAUGUUAACACAACUAUGUAAUUCACUUAGCUCCUAACAAAAUUAUUUAAAAUGGUUAUGUGGUAGGAAGACAAAUAAUUGAAUUAUUUUUUUUACUUUUCAUCUAUAUGUAUCUUAGCCAUAUAGACUAUGACCUGGGAGGCUAGACUUAAUUCAAAAUAUCCUGCUCUGAGGCAAAUAAAGAAAUGCAUUGUCAGUGUUUAUCAAUGGCUUUCUGACAAAAAAAAAAAA